AUGCUACGUGACUACGGGACUGAAGGAAGGAAGAUUCAGAACCCCCAGAUCCCACCAUCCCGUGGAAUUCAGCUCCGUAUGAGCAUAAGAGAACGUGAAAUAAAGGACUUGGAGCUGAUCUAUCUUUCGUCCAACGAACGAGAGUUCCCAUCACUUUCUCAGCGACUCAUUCACGCAGCGAACCAGAUUAAUCCCCGCCGUUCUUACCGUGACAUGGCGGCCAAUUAG